AUGCAUUCAUUUGUUUACAGGCUUUGGAUAUUUGAACUUAGAUGCUUGCACAUUCCUUUUCACGACCGCACACCAUUCGAAGAACUUGUCACAAUGGUAGAAGAUGUUGUGAGAGCAGAGCAUUCCACUUCUCCUAAUAAGCCCAUCUAUCUAUUGGGGAAUUCCUUUGGAGGAUGCUUAGCUCUUGCAGUUGCUGGUCACAAUCCCUGUAUUGAUUUUAUAUUGGUACUAGUCAAUCCAGCUACGUCAUUUGAGAGGUCAGACAUAAAAAAGCUUCUGUCAGUUUUCACCUCGAACAACGCCUAUAUUGCAAUUACAGCUCUACUGAACUACAACAUCGACAACGAGGUGAACAUGGCUCUGAGUAGAAUGCAAAGUGGGGAGCAUCCUUUAGAAGCACUCGGCAGAUUGACAAGUAACAUGUCAACUUUUCUGAAGCAAACGAAUAUACUAGACAAACUACCAGAAGACACACUAAAAUGGAAGAUGAAACUCAUCAAACGGGCUGCGCAAUAUGCUAAUUGCCGUAUACAAUCAGUUACAGCUGAGGUGCUACAGCUAGCCAGCUGCGAUGACAACUUACUUCCGAGCAAAUCUGAAGCCUACAGGCUACAGAACAAAAUACCUAAAUCCAAAAUCUUCUUCUUUGAGAAGCAUGGGCACAGCUUACUGUUGGAGCAUGGUGUCCAUGUCUCAUCCAUCAUCAAAUGUGUUGGUCUCUACCGCCAUUCGAGGCGCUAUCAUCGGGUUUUCGACUACAUCCCACCGUCCGCAACCGAGCUAAAUGAAGUCGACAAAGCUAGCAGCGACCUGACGUUCAGAACGUGCCCGGCGAUGUUCUCGACGUUGGAAGACGGCACGGUGGUACGGGGACUCGCCGGGGUGCCCGAGGACUGGCCAGUGCUGCUGGUAGGCAACCACAUGUUGCUGGGGAUCGAGCUCAUCUCUCUUGCCGCAGAGUUCAUGCGGCACAAGAAGGCUGUUGUCCGUGGCAUUGCACACCCGCUGCUGUUCCCAAAGAAGACGAAGACAUGGUCGGAGGGACACGACUUCUUCGACUUCCUCAACCUGUGGGGCGGCGUGCCCAUGACCUACAAGUACAUAUACGAGUUGCUGGCUGCCGGGGAGUUCGUGCUCCUCUACCCAGGUGGUUACAGGGAGGCAAUCCACUGCAAGGGUGAGGAGCACAGGAUUUUCUGGCCAGACCAGACUGAAUUUGUUAGGAUGGCAGCUCAGUUGAACGCCACAAUCGUGCCGUUUGGAGUCGUCGGAGAGGAUGACCUCUUGAACCUUCUUUGUACGUUCGACGAUAUCAGGAGCAUGCCUUUCGGCAGGGAGAUGAUGCGGGCCUACAGUAAGCAUCUGAAGCUAAGGGAUGCCAAGCACGAGGUGAUCUUCCCGGGCGUGUGCCUAAAGAUCCCGGGCCGGUUCUACUACCGGUUUGGGAAGCCGAUCCUGAUGCGGGAGAGGCAGGACGUCCUCACCGACCGGCGCGCGGCGACGGACCUCUACACGCACAUCAAGUCGGAGGUGCAAGGCAUCAUCUCCUACCUGCUGGAUAAGCGGGAGGAGGACGAGUACAGGAAGAUCUCGCGGAGGCUCAUGUUCAUGGCUUCCCAGGGGUUCGACACCCAAGUUCCGUCGUUCGAUCCUUGA